AUGAAUAAGAAGGCUGCUCGGGGCGAAAAAUAUGAGCCGACACGAUAUGAGCAUGUUGCAAAUAUCCUCUCUCACGGAGUAGCAAUACUUUUGAGUAUGUGUGGAACGCAGUGGUUAAUCGAUGCAUCACGUCAUGAGUUAGAACGAAAUGCGUCCAUAAUUUAUUGUUUUUUCACUACGGUACUUUUCAUAACAUCAACAACUUAUCACACAUGUGAACUUCUUUUUCGUCCGAACAAAAAGAAAUUCCGUUAUUAUCUGCACAUAAUCGAUCGCGCCGCCAUCUACUUUUUUAUUGCUGCUUCAUAUACACCAUGGUUUACGUUAAGACGCUAUGAAUCUUCGGGAAUUGAUUUCAAAUGGCUUGUUUGGCUGUUUGCAUUUUUGGGUACCAUCUAUCAGUGUAUGUUCUAUGAAAGAUUCAAAACGAUGGAAACUUUAUUGUAUAUUAUCUUUGCUGUCGUACCUUUCUUUGCUAUAUACAGCAUGAGCGAUUUAAGUGAUCUAACUUUAAUGCUAGCUGCUGGCAUUGUUUACACGAUAGGCGUCAUUUUUUUUAAAUCAGACGGUAUCAUACCUUUUGCGCAUACAUUUUGGCAUCUUCAUGUUGUUGUUGGUGCAUCAUUACAUUGGUAUGCCGUUUACAGCAUGCUUCUUGGACCAGAUAAUCAACUUUCAUUCAAGCAAGAAUAA